AGAUAACAGCGCUUGUCUCGAAUUUUGAUAUUUACGUGCUCGGCCUGAUUAAAAAUAAUAAACAAGAAUUUUACCUACAAUGGCACCAGUCGACGUGGAAAACCCACCUGUCGAGGAAAAGAUGAGGAACUUGCAAUUAUCUGGACAUGUGGGAUUUGAUAGUUUACCAGAUCAAUUGGUGUCAAAAAGUGUUCAAAAUGGCUUUAUUUUCAACAUUAUGUGCAUUGGUGAAACUGGAUUGGGGAAAUCGACACUGAUGGAUUCUUUGUUUAACACCAACUUUGAAUCUUCUCCAAGUCCACAUACUUUACCCACUGUAAAAUUAAAGGCCCAAACAUUUGAGCUACAAGAGAGUAAUGUGAGACUCAAGCUUACAAUAGUCGACACAGUCGGCUACGGCGAUCAAAUCAACAAAGAAGACAGCUUCAAAGCCGUCGUCGAUUACAUCGACAACCAAUUCGAAAACUACCUUCAGGAAGAGCUGAAAAUCAAACGUUCCCUUUCGGCGUACCACGACAGCAGAACGCACGUGUGCCUCUACUUCAUCUGUCCGACCGGACACGGCCUGAAGUCCAUCGAUCUGGUCUGCAUGAAGAAACUCGACCAGAAAGUCAACAUCAUUCCGAUAAUCGCGAAAGCCGACACCAUUUCCAAGACCGAACUGCAGAAGUUCAAGUCGAAAAUAAUCGCGGAGCUGCAGAACAACGGCGUGAACAUCUACGAGUUUCCGGUGGACGACGAGAGCGUUUCGGAAGUGAACACCUCCAUGAACUCGCACAUCCCGUUCGCCGUGAUCGGCAGCACGGACUUCGUGCGCGUGGGCAACAAGAUGAUGCGCGCGCGGCAGUACCCGUGGGGCACCGUGCAGGUGGAGAACGAGUCGCACUGCGACUUCGUCAAGCUGCGCGAGAUGCUCAUCAGGACGAACAUGGAGGACAUGCGCGAGAAGACGCACUGCAAGCACUACGAGCUCUACAGGAAGAAGCGUCUCGAGCAGAUGGGCUUCAGCGACGUCGAUGCCGACAACAAGCCCGUCAGCUUCCAGCAGACUUUCGAGACGAAGAGGACGAAUCACUUGCAAGAGUUGCAGCAGAAGGAGGACGAGAUGAGGCAAAUGUUCGUUGUCAGAGUUAAGGAAAAGGAAUCCGAGUUGAAAGAAGCCGAAAAGGAUUUACAUGCAAAGUUUGACAGACUAAAGAAGGAUCACACUGAUGAAAAAAAGAAAAUUGAAGAGCAAAGGAAGAAAUUGGAGGACGACCUAAUUGAGUUCAACAGAAGAAAAUCUCAGUAUCAGCAAAUGGGUACAAGUCAUCACACUUUGACCCUGGGCAAAAGUAAAAAAAAGUAAUUAUGUUGUGAGUUGAUUUUAUUUCUUUUUCUUAAUUUAGGUAACAAAUCUUAUGACAGUAUAUAUGAUUAGGCUAUGACGAUAAAGUUUAUUAAUUUAUUUCGUGUUUGUUUUAACUCACAAACUAGCUUGCUAGUAUUGCAGUAUUUUAUGAUGUUACUUGAAAUUUUAUAUCGCAUUUUAUUUCUAUAAUUUUAUUCUAUUAUAUGUCCAAAUAGAAUAAUUAUAGCUAAAUAGUAAAUUUUACACAUUUUAUAAAGAAAAGAAAUACAAUUUGCAGGCUCUAAACAUUAACUUGUAUUGUUAAUCUUUAAGAAAUUUUAUCUCAUCGAAUAUUUUAUGUAUUUGAGUCUUUUUGUAACAUAAAGUUAUGUAACAGUACAUAUUAAACUACAAUAAUCAAUUUUAACAUAAUAUUAUUGCAAAUUCGACUCAAAGUGUUGCUAAUUUUAAAUCUUGACAAUUUAAUGAUUAAGAACAAAUCAAUAAUUUAAAUUGUUCAUGUUUUAUCUACCAAAGUAUGUACGUGCAUCUUUUAAUAAUUUAUAUUAUAAACAUAAUUUUAUAUUUUUA